AUGUUAUCAGAUACAAUACCAACAUCCAGAAAUAAUAUUAAUGAAAAUUAUACAAAUAAUCAAUUGUCCAUAUCACCAGAUGAUAAAGAAUUAAAUGAACAUGACCGAGCACGUAUAAAAGAAUUUGGUCAAUUAUUUAAUCGACAUAGUUCAAUAAAUCGAGAAUUACUUGAAGAACUUUUUCGUAAAGAACCAUCUGAGUAUACACCAACAGUUUAUCGUUAUGCAAGUCGAAUAUAUCAUUGUUUAAAAGAAGAUCAAAUAAAUCCUGUUUUAAAAGCAUUAUCAAAUACAAAAGAAGAACAAGUACAAGCUAAAAAAACUACACUUGAUGUACCAAAAAUUGAUUACGCAAGUGAUAAACAAAAACGACGUACACUCAAAUUAGCUUUUUCUGUUUUACGAUAUCAAAAAAUAAUUGAAGAACUUUUAGACGAAACUCAAUUUUUUUCAAAUUAUCCUGAAAUAAAAGAUGAGUUAAGUCUUGUUUCAACUAUUCUUUAUGAUUAUUUAAGUCGUAAAUUUCAACCACGUGAUGAUCCUAUUGAUGUUGAUGAUAAAGAAGAUUUAACAAAUAAUGAUGAAUUAGUUUCACAUAUUGAAACAGCUAUUUUACAAGAACGAACUCGACUUGCUGCAGCUUUAGCUCGUAAUAGAAUUAAAUCUCAAGCAUUAUCAAUUGAAGAUUUAUUACCUGAAAAUGUACGUGAAGUUCAACAACAUUCAGCUGAAUUACCAGUUUAUGCUUGGGUUAAUUUAAUUAAAACUGAUAUGGAAACUAUUCUAAACGUUUUUGAAAAUGAUGAACAAAUGAAACGUGCUAAAAAUUCAACUCAUAUAGAUAAACGAACAUUCUAUGUUGAUUAUCAUUGUUCAAAUUUACUUGUAUUUCAUUAUACGCAAAAACAACGUAUUGCUAAUCAUUAUCUUGUUCGAGAUCAUCUGUUAUAUUUACAAGAUAAAUCAAGUUGUAUUGCAGCACAUUCACUAAGAAAAUUAAUAACAAGAAAAGAUAAUAUUUGUUUAGCAUAUGUUAGUGGAGGUUUAUUUCUUCAAUUAUUACUUGUACUUACAGAUGACCUUGAAUCAAAAAUUUAUGCCUUUGGUGCUCGUUCGGAUGAAAAUAUUCGAGACAUUCAAGCUAAAAUAAAAUCAUUAGGAGCUUCAGAAAAACGUGUAAAAAUAUUUAAAGAUCGUUUUAUUGAUAUUAACUUUGAUGAAGUUAAUAUGGAAAAUUGUAAAGUUAUUUUAUGUAAUCCACCUGAUUCUCGUUCUGCUCUUAUACAACCACUUGACUUUUUAUAUAAUGAAGGCGAAGAUGUAACUUUACUUAAACAAUUUUCUCAACCAACAGAAAAUAAAGGUUAUGUUAGAGAAUGUAUACAACGUGAAUCAGCUUAUAUGCGACAAGCAGUUCGAUAUAAUUUAGCAAAAGCGAUUGUUUAUGUAACAUUUUCAAAAAAUCGAUCUGAAAAUGAUGAUAUUGUUCAUGCAACAAUUAACGAACAAAGUGAAAAUCGUACACAACAAAGAAAAGAUAUUGGUAGUUACAAAAUAUCACCACCGGUCCUUCCAAUUCAAUUUGGUGGUCGAAAUGAACAUAUGUCUGUUCUUCGUCAGGGAAUUUUUAUACAAUUUGAAUCAUCACAAAAAAUGAAUGGUGUUUUUGUUGCUGUUUUAAUACGUGAACGAGAAAGACGUCGUUCAAAUAUACUGAAAAAGAAGACUGAUGAUCAUGAUUCUGAUGUUGAUAAUGAGAAUAAAUCAAAAAAAGAUCGACAAGGUUUUCAAUUUGAAACUGAAGCACGUGCUACUCAACGUCGACAACAUCAACAACCACAAACAGUUAAAACUCAGCGUAAAAGUAUAACAACAACAUCACCUAAUCGACGUUCAAAAUCAACUGCAGCAAUAACACGUGAUAUCGCUCAUACAUCAUCAACAACACAAUUUGAAUCAAAAUCUAUUCAACAGACUGAACCAGUUCAUACUGAACCGAAACCAUUGACACUUUCAGAACGAUUAGCAUCAAUUGGACGUAUUACAAGUACAUUAAAUACAACUGAUGAUGACACGCCAAUAGAACACGAGUCAAGAGAUUCUCAUGAUCUACCUUUUCAAUCCUUAAAUUGCCAUCUGAAUACUACAAAUUAUAAAACUGAGAAAGUUUUACAACCAUCAUUAUCUAAUAUUUCUAUUCUUCAUGUCAUACCCACAUUCUCUUCAAACAAUGAAGUUCAUGAAAUUACUCGACAAUAUUCAUAUCGAGAAUCAUUAACAAAACGUUAUCGAAAUAAUCAUACACAUCAAAAUAUUCCUAUAAAACAAUGCAAAAUUAAUUUAGAAAAUUCCAAAGAAGUUCUACAACGUUGUCGAAGUUGUAAACUUAGUUAUCAAUCUGUAUGCAAGCAUUAUGACAAUGAAAUUAAUAUUGAUUAUUUUAUUCAAAGAAUUAAAUUGAAAUCAAGUAUUCAAGAACGAAUACGAAAAAAAAUUUAA